AUGACGACGACAACGGCAACGUCGCCCAAGAUUGUCUUCUACGACCUCGCCUUCUACCCGGGCGCCCCACUGGCAUCACCCAAUACGUGGCUGACGCGGCUGUGCCUGCUGCACAAGCGCAUCCCAUUCGAGGUCGUCGAACCCAACCUGCUCGACCGCGGGCCCACGAGCCUGGGCAAACGGCUGGGCAAGUCGCCCCUCUUCCCCGUCAUCCAAGUCUCGCCUCCCCUCGAAAAACAGCGCGGCGACAACGACGCCGACGGCGACGGCGCAGGCGCAACAGACAAAGACGACGACGUCGAGUACGUCGAGGAUUCGUUUCAGAUCGCCCUCUACCUCGACCGCCACUUUGGCGCGCACCCCAUCUUCCAGCCGAACCUGGAGCGGGUCGACAUGUCGGACCCGUCGUGGCCCACGAUCCUCUCGAUGGCCACCAUCCUCAAGCACGGCUACGCCACCUCGGACUCGAUGUGGAACAAGCUCUUCCACCUCGCCGCGCCCGGCCUCGGCGAGAUUGCCGAUGCCGUCGAGGACCCGUCGUUUGCCGCCUACUUUCGCUCCGACCAGCGACACGGCAAGGGCGGCUGGGCCAAGAUUGUCGGCAUGGACCUCGAGACGAUGCUCGUCGAUACGCGCCGGUCGUUUCUUCCGUUUGAAGAGGUCCUCAAGUCUCAAAGUACCAGCAGCCGCGACGAGGGUGCGCGGUUCCUCACGACGCCGUCGCACGUGGGCAUUGUUGAUUUCCUCGUGUUUAGUCGCUGGGCCAUGGUCAAGGCCUGUUCUCCGGCGCUGGCGGAUGCGUUGGUCGACGCCGAUCCGGGACCGAUGCGCGCCUACCUCGCCCAGGCGGCGGGCAAGCGCAUCGACGAAGAGGAGGGAGAGUGGUGGGGUGACGUGCGGCUCGACCACUUUGCGCGCUGGAAGGAGCGCAUGCUCGACCUGUGGGACGGCGCGCCCCGCAAGGCGUUGCAGAGAAAGGGUCCCAGGGAGCUGUAG